UGGUUUCCAUUUGGGUUUUGGGUUCCUUCCUUCACAGUACACACUUUCUCAUUCUCUCUCUUCCGCUCUUCAGGGGAUCGCUUCGCCGGCGACUCCCUCCGUCGCCGUCCUCUCCACCCUUCGAUUCAACCUUCUCCACGUCGCUCCACCGAUUCCCUCUCUCAAAAUGCAGCGCGUGGCUUGCUAGGGUUUCGCCACUCCCGAAUCCGACGCCCCAAAGGCACCCUGUACCUUUUCUUCCUCCGCUUAAUCAACUUCAUAGUCAUGGCUAUCCGCGUCACCUUCUCCUUCUCGGGCUACGUCGCCCAGAAUCUCGUCUCCUCCGCCGGCGUGCGCGUCGCCAACUCGCGAUGCGUCCAAGAAUGCUGGAUCCGCUCGCGCCUCUUCGGCGCCGCCCAGAAGCCGGAUCUCGAUUCUUCCGCCGGCGGAGUCCGCAAUUUCGCCAGGCCCAGGCCCAGGCCCAACGCCUGCUGGGCCGGGUCCACUUAUUCGACCCUUGCCGGGGACUUGGUCGGCGACGGGUGCAAGAGCCCAAUUAUCGUGGGCCUGAUUUCGCUGGUGAAGUCAACGGCGGGUGUUUCUGGGUCAUCCGCGGCGGCUACGGGCGUUUUGGGUAUUUCGCCCUUUAAAACGACCUCGAUCAUUCCCUUCUUGGCCGGUUCCAAGUGGCUUCCUUGCAACGAGUCCGUUCCUGAUCCCACCACGUGGGAGGUGGAUAAAGGUGGCACGCCACACGUGGUUUCCAACGCCGAUUCCAGCUUUGGGAAAAGUAGUUGGCUUUCGCGCUUGCUCAACGUCUGUUCCGAAGACGCAAAAGCUGCGUUCACUGCCGUUACCGUUAGUUUGCUCUUUAAGUCCUCCUUGGCUGAACCUAGGUCCAUUCCCUCCUCUUCUAUGUACCCUACUCUUGAAGUGGGUGACCGUGUUUUAACCGAAAAGGUUUCGUUCUUGUUCAGAAAGCCUGAUGUUUCGGAUAUUGUGAUUUUCAAAGCGCCUCCUUGUUUGGAGGAGUUUGGCUUUAGUUCGUCUGAUGUAUUUAUAAAGAGGAUUGUGGCUAAGGCUGGCGACACUGUUGAGGUUUCUGAUGGGAAACUGCUGGUAAAUGGUGUUGCUGAAGAACAGGAAUUUGUGUUGGAGCCUCUUGCGUAUGAGAUGGAUCCAAUGGUUGUGCCAGAAGGAUAUGUGUUUGUUAUGGGAGACAAUCGGAACCACAGCUUUGAUUCUCAUAUCUGGGGUCCCCUCCCAGUGGAGAACAUUGUUGGUAGGUCCAUGUUUCGUUACUGGCCUCCAUCCAAAGUAUCUGACACUGAUGCCCUUCGUAAACUCCCACCUGGGAACAAUCCUGUUGCAAUUUCUUGACAUGAUUCCCGCUAUUUUCUGAGGGAAACAAAAUGUUCCAGAUACUUCAUUUGCUCUACAUGGAUCGCUUCUGCCCGGAAGUGAGUUACCAUUCAAAGAUUCUCUAAGAAGAGCCAGCUUGGGCUGUGUUUGCAUACUGUUUGGGAUGAAUAUCUUAUUCAUUGAUACGAAUUUGUCAAUGACCUAAUAAUACCAUUAUGCGUUCGUUAGUGCCAUCUGAAAUGUAUUUUUCUUGCUGAAGUUCGGGGAGAAAAAAAAAAAACAAGAAUUAAAGAAACAUGAUGAUUUUCCCCCCCCCCCCAAAAAAAAUGAAACAUGAUGAUUGAUUUAUUUUGUAUUCUUUCAUGUAUAGUGUCUGAAUGCUAGAAACUCGUGGAAAGAUUUGACAUGGAGCUAAUUGACUCCCUGUAAGUUCCAUAAUCAUCAAGCCACCUCCUAACUUGAAUCUGUAAUGCCAUUCAGUUACACAUGAAAUUGUAUGGGAACAAUUAUUGUUGCCUAUUUUUAAAUCCAAGAAUCUGUUAUUAUUUUUUU